AUGAUUUGCAAUGGCAGGCAACACGCCGAUGACUACAGAGAACGACUACGAUGGGAUUCAAUCUGUUUGCUGGAGAAUGGCGGCGAUGGGUUGCUCGAUCUGCGAAAAGACACAACGUUCUUUACAGUGUCCAACAACAUCUUCCGGAAUCACGAUAAGGCUUUUGGUAUCGGUUGGACGGAAAAUGUUGUUGCGCGCGGCACCAUCCACCACAACUGGUUCGACCGUACAAACCAACGCAACUCAAGCGCCGACAACCUUGCUCAGUGUCAUCUCUACAAUAAUUAUGUCUUGGAAGUGACUUCAUAUGGCCACUACGCCCGUGGAUCGACGAAUGCUCGGGUGGAGAAUGUCUACUUUGAGAGUUGCCGCAAUCCCUUGACCAAGGAUUCAGGGGCGAUUCUUAAUGCUUCGGGAAACAUCUAUCAGGCGUACACUGGAACUGUGGCUGCAAAUUCAGGCACAGCGUUCCAGCCGCGCGACUACUACAGCUAUACUCUCACAGCAACAGCCGAUGUACCUUCUUAUGUCAAGGCCAAUGCAGGACCUAGGGCAUCAGUAUGCCCUUCGUAA